AUGCUCGGUUCACCACUGCAUGUGGAUGGGUUUGCCAGCAGCAGCAGCAGCAGCAACAGCAGCAGCAGCAGCAGCAGCAGGCCUGCGAAUGUCUUGGUUGGGGUGUCGACAGCGAAGCUGCUGCUGGUUCGGUUUGGUGUCUCCUUCGCAGCUGAAAUACCCGCAGCAGGAGCAGCAGCAGCAGCACGUCCUGCUGCUGCAGCUGAAGAGGCGCCUGCUGCUGCUGCUGCCGCUCCAGAGGCACCUGCUACAGCUGCUGCUGCUGCUGCAGCCAUUGCUGCUGCUGCAGAGGGCAGCCCGUCAAUUGUCUCCUCUCUUAACCUCCCCGCCGUCCCUUUUUGCUGCGACUUGAUCCGUCUGCCAGAAGUGCCAAUAGAAGCAGCAGCAGCAACAGCAGCAGCAGCAGGCAGCAGCAGCAGCGGCUUGGCUGUGCUGGGCCUCACGGAUGGGUCUGCUGCUUUUGUGCUGCUGCAGCAAAGCGGCAGCGAGUUUCUGCUGCUGCCCGUAGGCUCCGUGAGCAGCCACCAGAGAGCAAUCACAGCUGUCAAAACCUACCUGCAACAGCAGCAGCAGCACCAGCAGCAGCAGCAGCUGCAACAGCAACAGCAGCAGCAGCGACUGAAGUUGCUCGGCUCCUCGUCCUCACAAGUGGCGAUGACGACGCAAUAG